AGAGUUAACCGAGUCAAGGGCAGGGGAGUGUUGGUGGCAGCCAAAGUCAUCCAGGGCCCAAACUCCCCCGCAAGUCUCUACGCGGAAGACGCAUAUAAACAAAAUAAAACCCACAUCCUCCUCCUCCUCCUCCUCCUCUUCUUCUUCUUCUUCUUCUUCUUCAUGUUCCUUGCUCCUUCUUAUCUAUUUCCAUUUACUUACAUCCAUAUAUACUUGUCUUCAUUUUUCUUGUGUAAAGACUCCCGCUUGACCCUCCAAACUAUACGUUUUCUUUUCCUUUCACAAUCCUACUUCUUCGAGGACUUUACUUAUUAUCAUAACUUCUUUGAUUAGUUAAUAUCACCAGAACUAGCAAAUUUUUAUUUUAUUUUAUAAUAUUUGUCAGUUAGUUAAGUUAUGGGCAACUGUCUACGUUCUUCAGCUAGAGUAGAUUCCACCCAGAGUCCUCAGCCUACUUCUGGAGCCUCAAGGAUUUCCAGUAAAUUCAGCCGUUCUUCUACUCCUUCCACUCUAACCAUCCCAUCUUGCAGUGAAAAAGGCCAUUCUGACUGUCUUCCUACACCAAGGUCUGAGGGUGAAAUAUUGUCUUCUCCAAAUUUGAAAGCCUUUACAUUCAAUGAGCUCAAGAAUGCUACCAGAAACUUUCGUCCUGACAGUCUUCUUGGUGAAGGUGGAUUUGGUUAUGUUUUUAAAGGAUGGAUAGAUGAGCACACACUUUCACCUGCUAAGCCUGGAUCAGGAAUGGUUGUUGCUGUCAAGAAGCUUAAACCGGAAGGUUUCCAAGGCCACAAGGAGUGGUUGACAGAAGUUAAUUACCUUGGACAGCUUCAUCAUCCAAAUCUGGUUAAAUUAAUUGGAUAUUGCUUGGAGGGUGAGAAUCGCCUUUUGGUCUAUGAAUUCAUGCCCAAAGGGAGCCUAGAAAAUCAUUUGUUCAGAAGAGGACUCCAGCCGCUUUCUUGGACAGUAAGGAUAAAAGUGGCCAUAGGUGCUGCCAGAGGGCUCUCUUUCCUUCAUGAUGCAAAAUCACAAGUUAUAUAUCGUGAUUUUAAGGCUUCUAAUAUUCUACUUGAUGCGGAAUUUAAUGCAAAACUUUCUGAUUUUGGUUUGGCCAAGGCAGGCCCCACUGGUGAUAGAACUCAUGUUUCCACGCAAGUUAUGGGUACUCAUGGUUAUGCAGCACCUGAAUAUGUUGCUACAGGUCGGCUUACGGCUAAAAGUGAUGUGUAUAGCUUUGGAGUCGUAUUGCUUGAACUAUUAUCUGGACGAUGUGCUGUUGAUAAAACAAAAAUUGGUGUUGAGCAGAAUCUUGUAGACUGGGCAAAACCAUAUUUGUCUGACAAACGAAAAUUAUUUCGGAUUAUGGAUACUAAGUUAGGGGGCCAAUACCCACAGAAAGGAGCGUAUACAGCUGCUACCCUUGCCUUACAGUGCCUAAAUACUGAAGCUAAACUAAGGCCUCGGAUGUCUGAGGUUUUAGCAACAUUGGAGCGACUUGAAGCCCCCAACAAUGCAACUAGACUCUCUCAGUCUGAGCAGCAGAGGGUCCCAGUUCCAGUCCACAGGUCACCCAUGAGACAACAACGUUCUCCGCUCCAUCUGACUCCCAAUGCUUCUCCAUUGCCAAAUCACCGGCAAUCUCCACGAUUACGCUGAACUGAGGACCACACUACUUGUAAAUUUCUUGUAUGCUUCCAUAUUUGUUAAUAUUGAUGUAACAUGAGUGUGUAUUUUUUGAUGCAAAAUUUUGAAUGAAUUGUACUGAAUGAAUAAUUAAAACCUGAAUUUUUCUGAUGAUAUGUAGUGCUUGCUUGGAACUUGGGUAGAACAUUUUUGUUUGUGUACAUUUCCCUUAAAUCGUAGAGUCUGCAUCUUUGGAAAUAGAUUACAUACAGUGAAUAUUGGGUUCUAUUUUCAGAUGACAUGACAUGAUUAAACGAAGAGCAUGAGAAAAAUACAUGAAGUGAAUUAGAAUAGGAAAUAUUGAACUUAGCAAAGUAAGC